CAGACCCCAAUUCUUCACAAGGUCCUUUCUUCUUCUCCUCUCAAGCUUACCCAAACUCUCUCCCCCGCUACCUCUCAGGUGCGCUUCUGGUUCUUCUUUGCUGGGUUCAUUUCAGUUUUGCUUGAUUACACUUGAGGAAACUUAUGUCGACAAAUUUGACAAACAUACUGAACAAAAUAAAUAUUGGAUCUGGGUUUUGUUGCCGACACUAGAUCUUGAAUUGGGUAGUUGUUGAAUUUGAUAAAGUUUUGAAUCUUUAAACUACGAAAUCAGAUCUGUUAAGUGCACACCAGCUGUUUGAUGAUAUUGCUGUGAGAACUAUGUUUUCAAAUUCGAAUUGCUGAUUAGAUUUCUGUGUUAUGUUGAUGCAGAUUUUUUGGGAAAUGGCUCUUGAAACUUUCUUGUUCACCUCCGAAUCCGUCAAUGAGGGUCACCCAGACAAGCUCUGCGACCAGAUCUCCGACGCCGUGCUCGACGCCUGCCUAGCUCAGGACGCCGACAGCAAGGUGGCUUGCGAGACUUGCACCAAGACCAACAUGGUCAUGGUGUUCGGUGAGAUCACCACCAAGGCUAAUGUCGACUACGAGAAGAUCGUCCGUGACACUUGCCGCGAAAUUGGGUUCGUUUCAGCUGAUGUGGGUCUUGAUGCCGACAACUGCAAGGUGCUCGUUAACAUUGAGCAGCAGAGCCCUGACAUUGCCCAAGGUGUCCAUGGUCAUUUGACCAAGAGGCCGGAGGAGAUUGGAGCUGGUGACCAAGGUCACAUGUUUGGCUAUGCCACUGAUGAGACCGAAGAGUUGAUGCCUCUCAGCCAUGUGCUUGCAACCAAGCUCGGUGCUAAGCUCACUGAAGUUCGCAAGAAUGGUACUUGCGCAUGGUUGAGGCCUGAUGGCAAGACCCAAGUGACCGUUGAGUACUUCAAUGACAACGGUGCUAUGGUUCCAAUCCGUGUCCACACUGUCCUGAUUUCGACCCAGCACGAUGAAACCGUGACCAACGAUGAGAUUGCUGCUGAUCUGAAGGAGCAUGUGAUCAAGCCUGUGAUCCCAGAGAAGUACCUUGAUGAGAAGACCAUCUUCCACUUGAACCCAUCUGGCCGAUUCGUCAUUGGAGGGCCUCAUGGUGAUGCUGGUCUCACCGGCCGCAAGAUCAUCAUCGACACCUACGGAGGAUGGGGCGCUCACGGAGGUGGUGCCUUCUCCGGCAAGGACCCAACCAAGGUCGACAGGAGUGGAGCCUACAUUGUGAGGCAGGCAGCCAAGUCCAUCGUCGCCAGUGGACUCGCAAGGAGGUGCAUUGUGCAAGUGUCUUAUGCCAUUGGUGUGGCUGAGCCACUGUCUGUGUUUGUUGACUCUUACGGCACCGGGAAGAUCCCCGACAAGGAGAUCCUCAAGAUUGUGAAGGAGACCUUUGAUUUCAGGCCUGGUAUGAUCGCCAUCAACCUUGAUCUCAAGAGGGGCAAUGGAAGGUUUUUGAAGACUGCUGCUUAUGGGCAUUUUGGAAGGGAUGAUGCUGACUUCACCUGGGAGGUGGUGAAGCCACUCAAGUGGGAUAAGGUUCAAGCUUGAAUCCAAAACAUUGAAUUAAUUUGAAGCAUGUGCUGUUGAUGCUCUCUAUACUGGCAUUUUGCCAUUCUAUUUUUUUCCUAUUGAUUUUUGUGUUCUUUCAAGAAUGUGUUAGUAGCUUACUAUGUAUUCACAGAGGCUGUAAUUGUAUGCUAUUGCUACUCCCAAAGUUUAAUAAAGAAAAAUUUAGCAGAGUGGUUUUGCUGUGGAGUAGCAACAAUUUAACAUUGUUGUUGCACAUGGCAAGUGGCAUUUUUAUAACGAA